GUACAUUGUGUGCCAGCUAAGUUUGGAAACUGGAGAUAAUGUUGGGAAAAAUAUUAAUUCUCUGGUUUACUACUGCACUUAUACUAGAAGCUCGAGAGUUGACACUCACAAGAUUUGAAGAUUCUGAUACUCGUGAACUGGUUUGUAAUGAUGGAAGUGGAGGAGGAUACUAUACUUUACUUUCACCGGAACAAAGUUCGGAAGUUGCUAAAAACAGAUGGAUUUUUUUUUACAGGGUGGAGGCUGGUGUUACGACAAUGUUACCUGUAAAUCUAGACUGGAAGGGAAUCAAGAUGGAACGGGACCGCUAGUAUCCUCUAACAAAUGGCCUAAAACUCGAGAAGUCUCAGGUAUCUUUGAUCUGAAAGAUGAGGACUGGUAUAACGCUAACCUUGUGUUUGUACCGUACUGUUCUUCUGAUGCUCAUAUGGGAGAUUCAGAUCAUCAGAUAGAUACAUUGGGACUUAAACAUUUUAGAGGACGAAGAAUGGCUAGAGCUGCAGUUGAAGAACUUGUUGGAAAUAAACCUGAUCAAGAGAUUCUGUUUGGUGGCACCUCAGCAGGAGGUCGGGGUAGCAUGGUUCUUAUAGACUUUAUUCAUGAUCUAGUUCAUGACACAACAACCAUUAGAGGAGUUCAUGACUCAGGAGCUUAUCAAGAUAUUCAACCAUAUGUUUCAUCAUAUACACCCUUCGGAGAACAAUGCAAGAGAGCAUUUGAGAUGUAUGCACCACCUGUCAGUGAGAUCUGUAGAGAGGAGUUUACAGGAGAACUUUGGAAAUGUAUUUGUGGAGAAUAUAUGCUGCCAAGGGUGAUGACCCCAUCUCAAGUAUUAAUCUAUCUGUAUGAUUCCUACCAGUUAUCCAACGCUGUGGGAAAAUCUCCAGCUCACUGGGAUCCAGAAAUGUGUAGAUAUGUUGAAGAUUUAUUCCGACCUGAUAUGGAGGAAACAGUUGCAGAUAUAGUAUCUAACCCUGAACAUGUGGUAUUUGCUCCAGCCUGCUAUGAUCAUGGCAUUAUGACAUCAUCAAAGUUUCAAAGCAUUAAGGUUGAGGGAAUAUCUGCUGAGGAUCAACUACUCACCUGGCUUUCUGGUUUUAAGGAGGAUGUGAUGUCUUCAUGUGCUGGAGUUAAUUGUCAGGAAACUUGUGAACAUGUUGGUGUAGGAGAUGAUGCCCUCUGCUAGCUGUCAAUCUAGCUUUAACAGCACGUGGUUUCUUCAUAUCCUUUGCUAUGCAAAAAUUCUAACAUUGAUCACAGAUCUCACAGAUAGGAUACUAGAUCUCGUCUAUUUUAAGUUUUCUGUGUGUUUCUUUUACAAUAACCCUGAGACAGAAGCUCAAAGGAGUUACACGUAGUCAGCGUAGAACAGGCGCUCUCUCUGUCUUUGUUCUAUAACGCUGACUACAUGUAACUCCUUUGUGCUUCUGCCUGAAGGCAAUAGUAAACGGAACACACUGCAAUCUUGAAAAGACGACAUCUAGAGUACUAUCUGUUAUUUUAAUUAAUCUAUGAUAUAGCCAUGCAUUAUGUACAUGAUAUAAAUAACUGUUUUAAAUCUUUUUAAAUUUUUAGAUUACUUUUUUUCUAACUUAAGUGUAUAAUCUGACAAUUUAAACUUUCAAAAUGGUAAUAAAAAUAUUAAUUAAAUAUUAA